CUCAGAGCUGCUGUUGUAGACGUAGACUUUGUUAGUUACCUGUUGCGGGUCCUGGUUGCUGCGGUAGACCUCUCCGGAUUUCCACGAUGUUUUUCUACCUGACUAAGAAAAUUGCCAUUCCCAAUAAUGUGAAGCUGAAAUGUAUAUCCUGGAACAAGAACCAAGGGUUCAUAGCAUGUGGCGGUGAAGAUGGAUUACUGAAAGUUUUGAAAUUAGAAACACAGACAGAUGAUGCAAAAUUGAGAGGUCUUGCAGCCCCUAGUAACCUUUCUAUGAAUCAGACUCUUGAAGGUCACAGUGGUUCUGUUCAAGUUGUAACAUGGAAUGAACAGUAUCAGAAGUUAACUACCAGUGAUCAAAAUGGGCUUAUCAUUGUCUGGAUGUUAUAUAAAGGUUCUUGGUAUGAGGAGAUGAUCAAUAAUCGAAAUAAGUCAGUGGUUCGUAGUAUGAGCUGGAAUGCGGAUGGCCAGAAGAUCUGCAUUGUGUACGAAGAUGGGGCUGUGAUAGUUGGAUCAGUGGAUGGGAAUCGUAUUUGGGGAAAAGACCUGAAGGGUGUACAGCUGUGUCAUGUAGCCUGGUCUGUGGAUAGUAAAGUCUUACUUUUUGGAAUGGCAAAUGGGGAAAUACACAUUUAUGAUAAUCAAGGAAAUUUUUUAAUGAAAAUGAAACUGAAUUGUCUGGUGAAUGUCACUGGAGCAAUCAGCAUUGCUGGGAUUCAUUGGUACCAUGGCACAGAAGGCUACGUGGAGCCUGAUUGUCCUUGCCUGGCAAUUUGUUUUGACAAUGGAAGAUGCCAAAUAAUGAGACAUGAGAAUGACCAAAACCCAGUUUUUGUUGAUACGGGCAUGUAUGUUGUCAGUAUCCAGUGGAACCAUAUUGGCAGUGUACUAGCGGUGGCAGGCUCCCAGAAAGCAGUCAUUCAGGAUAAAGAUGUCAACACUGUGCAGUUUUACACUCCAUUUGGUGAGCAUCUGGGUACUCUGAAAGUUCCUGGAAAGCAGAUGUCUGCACUGUCUUGGGAAGGAGGUGGAUUGAAAAUUGCACUGGCUGUUGAUUCCUUUAUAUAUUUUGCAAAUAUUCGACCUGAUUAUAAGUGGGGCUAUUGCUUAAACACAGUGGUUUAUGCAUAUACCAGACCUGAUCGUCCUGAGUACUGCGUAGUAUUUUGGGAUACGAAAAGCAAUGAGAAAUAUGUUAAAUAUGUGAAGAGUCUCAUUUCCAUCACCACCUGUGGCGAUUUCUGUAUUUUGGCUACUAAAGUUGAUGAAAGUCAUCCUCAGGAGGAGAAUGAGAUGGAGACAUUUGGUGCAACAUAUGUGCUGGUUCUUUGUAAUUCUAUUGGCACACCCUUGGACCCUAAAUACAUUGAUAUUGUACCAUUAUUUGUUGCAAUGACCAAGACCCAUGUGAUAGCAGCUUCAAAGGAAGCAUUUUAUACCUGGCAAUAUCGCGUGGCAAAGAAACUCACAGCUUUGGAAAUUAAUCAGAUUAUGCGGUCUCGAAAAGAAGGGAGAGAAAGAAUUUAUCAUGUUGAUGAUAUUCCUUCUGGAUCAGUGGAUGGGGUGCUUGAUUAUAGUAAAGCCAUUCAAGGCACAAGGGAUCCAAUUUGUGCCAUAACUGCAUCUGAUAAGACAUUGAUUGUGGGUCGUGAAUCUGCAGCCAUUCAGAGAUACAGUCUUCCAAAUGUUGCUUUGAUUCAGAAGUAUUCCCUUAAUUCUCGACCCUACCAGUUGUCCUUGAAUUGCAACUCUAGUCGUCUUGCUAUCAUAGACAUUUCAGGAGUUCUAACAUUCUUUGACUUGGAUGCUCGGGUAAUAGACAGUGCAGGACAGCAAGUAGUUGGCGAGUUGUUAAAACUGGAGCGGAAAGAUGUCUGGGAUAUGAAGUGGGCCAAGGAUAAUCCUGAUUUGUUUGCAAUGAUGGAGAAGACAAGAAUGUAUGUUUUCAGAAACUUGGAUCUUGAGGAACCCAUUCAGACCUCUGGAUAUAUUUGUAACUUUGAGGACUUAGAAAUUAAAUCUGUUCUCUUGGAUGAGAUAUUGAAGAAUCCAGAACAUCCCAGCAAAGAUUAUAUCAUUAAUUUUGAGAUUCGGUCCCUGCGAGAUAGUCGAGCAUUGAUUGAGAAGGUUGGAAUUCAAGAUGCAUCUCAAUUCAUCGAGGACAACCCACACCCUCGACUUUGGCGGCUCUUGGCUGAAGCAGCUCUUCAGAAACUGGACUUGGACACUGCAGAACAAGCAUUUGUGCGCAGCAAAGAUUACCAAGGCAUUAAGUUUGUGAAACGCUUGGCCAAUCUGCAGAGCGAGUCAAUGAAGCAGGCUGAAGUGGUUACCUACUUUGGCAGGUUUGAAGAGGCUGAACGAAUGUAUCUUGAUAUGGACAGAAGGGAUCUCGCUAUUGGCCUCCGGCUGAAAUUGGGGGAUUGGUUUAGAGUACUGCAACUCCUGAAAACUGGAUCUGGCGAUGCAGAUGACAGUCUCCUUGAACAAGCCCACAAUGCCAUUGGAGACUACUUUGCUGAUCGACAGAAGUGGUUGAAUGCUGUACAAUAUUACGUACAAGGCCGGAACCAGGAACGUUUAGCUGAGUGUUAUUAUAUGUUAGAAGAUUUUGAGGGGUUAGAGAGUCUUGCCAAUUCACUUCCAGAAAACCACAAAUUGCUUCCAGAAAUAGCACAAAUGUUUGUGAGAGUUGGAAUGUGUGAACAAGCAGUGAAUGCAUUUUUGAAAUGUAAUCAACCAAAGGCAGCGGUAGAUACCUGUGUACAUCUCAACCAAUGGAACAAAGCUGUUGAAUUGGCUAAGAGUCAUAAUAUGAAAGAAAUUGGAUCCCUGUUAGCUAGAUAUGCAUCUCAUUUACUGGAAAAGAAUAAGACUCUUGAUGCCAUAGAACUCUAUCGGAGAGCCAACUACUUUUUUGAUGCUGCUAAACUGAUGUUUAAGAUUGCAGAUGAAGAGGCAAAGAAAAGAGCUAAACCUUUACGUGUUAAGAAGCUGUAUGUACUGUCAGCCUUACUUGUAGAACAAUACCAUGAACAGAUGAAAAAUGCCCAACGAGGAAAAGUUAAAGGAAAGAGUUCAGAGGCCACUUCUGCUUUGGCUGGCUUGCUGGAGGAGGAAGUUCGGUCUACAACUAGUCGUUUCACGGAUAAUGCUUGGAGAGGGGCUGAGGCUUACCACUUCUUUCUCCUGGCACAGAGGCAGCUCUAUGAAGGAUAUGUUGACACUGCAUUGAAGACAGCUCUUCACCUGAGAGACUAUGAAGACAUCAUUCCUGCGGUUGAGAUCUACUCUCUCUUAGCACUCUGUGCGUGUGCCAGUAGAGCUUUUGGUACCUGUUCAAAAGCUUUCAUUAAACUUGAAUCUUUAGAAACCCUCACUGCAGAACAGAAACAGCAAUAUGAAGACCUUGCUCUAGAAAUCUUCACCAAACACACUCCAAAAGAUAACAGAAAAUCUGAACUGAACAGCCUUCUUGAAGGUGGAGAAGGGAAACUGCCAACAUGCAUUGCCACAGGAAGCCCAAUCAUCGAAUAUCAAUUCUGGAUAUGCAAAGUAUGCAAACACUAUGUUCUUGCUCAGGAAAUCAGUAACUACAACUUCUGUCCCUUAUGCCACACUCCAGUGGAAUAA